AUGGGUUGCGUCCAAACCCUAACUGACCAAGCUGGAUCAAUAACCACACCCAACUACCCGGAACCUUACCCUAACGACGCCAGCUGUUCUUGGACUAUCACUGUAGCAGCCAAUCAAAUCAUAGACCUUAGGUUUGCGAGCUUUGAUACCGAAGCUUCCUGCUACGAUUAUGUUAAGAUCUACGACGGGCCGAGUGCAAUAACGACGCCUAUCGGGACAUACUGUGGUUUUAUGGACAGCAACAAAAUCAACAGCUUCUUAGCCAGAUCCACUGGGAACAAGAUGUUCAUAGAGUUCAAAUCGGAUUCUUCAAGAGUGCUAGCAGGAUUCAGCGCUACCUACAGAGCCCAUGAAUGUAAAAGCUUCACCUACGGUCCAGACAAUUGCGAGAACGCAUGUACGUGUGUACAGAACAACACCAGGUACUGUAACAAUUUGAACGGGGUGUGUUACUGCAAACCAGGAUUUUCCGGAAGCAACUGCGAAGUGGAUUUCAACGAAUGCAGCGACCCAAAUAUCUGUGAAGAUCCUUACUCAACCUGCAAUAACACAAAAACUGGCUAUGAGUGUCUCUGUAAACCUGGGUUCGAGAAAAACGAAACAACUGGAGAAUGUUACGUACCAAUGGUAAUGUGCAGGCAAAGCAACUGUAAAACUAAAAUCUGCUCACACGGGUGUGGGCUGACUUCGGCUCUACCUCCUGUAGAACAGUGUUCAUGUCCUAAAGGCAUGAAAUUGGACUCGGUAACACAGGAGACAUGUACAAAUUGCUCUGAUUGGACCUACGGCGAGGACUGUCGGUACAGCUGUACGUGUAACACAGCCAACACAGAAUAUUGCAACAAGGUGAACGGCUUGUGUAACUGUAAGCCGGAGUGGACCUCGCCUACCUGCUCUGAAGACGUCAACGAAUGCGGCUUCUCAAAGUCCCCAUGCACGCAUGACCAUAGCAUCUGUAGGAAUUUGGUUGGAUCCUAUGAGUGUCUUUGUGUGCCGGGAUAUCGUGUCAUCAACACAACCCUGUGUGGAGACUGUGGAGAGGUUUUCAACAAUGAAUCUGGGCAGAUUGACUCGGGUCGCUACUUAGAAGCACACACUUCCAUUCAGCUUUGUAAUUGGACAAUUAAGGGGACUCCUGGAAAAGUCAUCUCCAUUCAACUUCUAAGCUGGACGGCGUACUGGUAUGAUUCUGAUUCUAUCCAGUUUUACUCUGGAAGUGGCUCGAACUCAGUACUCUUUGACAACGUUGUGUACUAUGACUCUUGGAGUCGUGUGAUCAGAACAACUAGCACAGAAGUGUCUAUUAGACUACAGAAGGGAUCAUACAACCGGAAUUCACCUACAUUUUUAGCAAAAUAUUUGGUGCACGACUGCCCAGAAGACUACUAUGAUUUCAACUGCUCGACGCCGUGUUCCUGUGUUAAAUCUAACACACAGUCCUGUGUCAGCACUACGGGGGCGUGUAACUGUAAGCCGGGAUGGUCAUCUACAUACUGUUCUCAAGACAUAGACGAGUGCAACGACCCGUUGGCGUGCCCAGACUACUCAAACUGCAUCAACACGCCAGGCAGUUUCCGGUGUGAAUGCAAGGAAGGCAUGCAGAUGGUUAACGGUGCAUGCGUCGUGAUGGCAAAUGCAGUUUGCACUGCGACUUCGACAAGAAAUUGUUCUCAUGUGUGUGUUAGCAUCACGCCCAUUACCACUCGUCAACUGACAGCGAUAUGUUACUGCCCUAUCGGCAAGGAAGUAGAUGAUGACGGCAAUACGUGUGUCGACUGCAAAAACUUUAGAUAUGGACCCGAUUGUUUACGGCAAUGUUCCUGUGUCCGCAACAACAGCCUCAGCUGUAACACAAGGCAAGGCUAUUGUAACUGCAAACCAACAUUUGAGGGUUCAGACUGUAAUGCUGAUGUCGACGAAUGUUUCCGUGGGACCUACACUUGCCCCGAAAAUACAACUUGCACAAAUACAUAUGGCGGAUACAAAUGUGACUGCGACUAUAGAUAUGGCUACUAUGAAUCUAAAAACGGAAGCUGUCCACAGCUUGGCUGUGCUUUCAAAUUAACGAAUUCAACGGGUACUAUAACUAGCCCUAAUCCUACUUACCAGCAGUUUAGAAAUGCGAACUGCAUCUGGGAUAUUACUGUAGACACCAAGCAGGUUGUCUCUCUCAGGAUAUCUAGUUACCGAAUAUAUUCUGAUGCCAAAUGCACAUCUGCUUAUUUUGAAGUCUAUGAUGGAAACACAACUGGCAGACUAAUAGGAAGAUACUGUCAAACCAUUCCAGAUAUACUUCGAACCAGAAAGAAUAAAAUGACUAUUGUUUAUAAAAAUGAGUACACAUAUUAUGAUUUCCAUGGAUAUUUUACUGGGACCUAUAUUUCGCAUGUAUGUCCCAGUUUCUAUUACGGGACCAGUUUAUGUGACACUAAGUGCAGAUGUGUAAAAGAGAACUCGCAGUAUUGCGACAACAUCAGCGGCAUGUGUGUCUGUAAACAGGGUUGGACCGGCAGUGACUGUUCACUUGAUGUCAACGAAUGUCUUGGUACAAACAACAAGUAUUGCCCUCCGAACUCUAACUGUUCCAAUACAGUUGGUAGCUAUAGCUGUGUCUGUCACCUUGGGUAUGUGAUGAAAAAAGCAACUCAGACAUGUGAAGCAAGCAAGGAGUGUGUCAUCAAAAAAUGUUCCCAUGGUUGCUACAUUAAAAGUGUUGGUGUGGAGGUUUGCACCUGUCCUGAGGGCUUAGUACUUGAUAACAGCACACAGCAGUACUGUGUUGUUCCUUACUAUCCCUAUGGAGAAAUGGCCAAGGAUUCUUUACUCAACAACAGUGCCACAGAUCUUCAGUCCUACCUAAUCAGUGAACCAAUCUACUUUGAGUCAGCAGCACCAUUCAGUGGUAAUGCACAACCUGCGGCUUAUGUGAUGUCAAAUGGUGUUUUUGGUUUUGGAUCAAAGCCCAUGAAGAUCAGUGGAUUUUCUGAUCUUGAUUUGGCAAAUCAACAAGGGCAAAAUUUAGUAGCACCAUACUGGGCAGAUAUGGAUACCACAAAAGGGAAAACUUACUAUCAUGUCUAUGAAAAAAGUGGAAGCCUGUUGUGGGAACCUGAUGAAAAGGGAUCCCCCCAGAGGAACACUGUCCUGGAGAGAGCCACUAAAGAUAUAAUGGAAUUCUAUUCUCUGUAUGGGUUUGGUGUCACCAAGGUGUUGGUGAUAACAUGGGAGAAUGUUCAGCCUUUUGGAUUUUUGGAAAACAAAACAAAUACCAUUCAAGCAAUUUAUGUCAGUGGAUGGGAAACAGUUAACAAAAAUGGAAGAGAUACAUUCCUAGACUUUGAGACUUCGUACGCCAUCUUCAUUUACCAACAAGAAAAGAUGAAUUGGAACUACCAAAAAGGGAGACCUAUUAGCAUAGGGGCUAGUAACAAUAAAAAAGUUUUUGAUGAUUUGGACACUGAAAUUGUGACUAGCUUGGACAAAAUCCCUGGAAAUACUGGUACUGGUUAUAAUGGAGUCAACACUGUCAAAAUUGGCGAGGUGUCAAACAGUGAUACCAAAUGUAACCAAUACAUCUACACAAAAGCCUACCUUCUCUCCGACCCUGUGUUCCAAUACAAAAAAGACAAGCUGUAUAAAUGUCCAUGUACUGUACAGAGGCUUGGACAUCAGUGGCGGCUCUAUGAGAAAAGAGGAGAUAAUAAGGACAUUCAUUGCUACGUCAUCAGUGAAGUGGCUAAAAGGAGGCUGUUGUCACAAAAUAAUAUGAACAUGCUAUGCUGCUAUAAAGUGACAGAACCAGAGAACUUUGAGUGGAAAACUUAUCUAAAGCUCCAGCAAGAGGCCACAUACAUACCCCCUUCUCCUGAAUCAGGCCACAUAUUAACCAGUGAUCCUUGGUCCCAAAUUUAUAGUGAAAAUCUUGAACUCUGGGAGAAUCUGCAAGCAAAGGACAGGUGCUGUAAAAAUUCCAGCAAGACCAAAUAUUGUGACUGGUUCUAUCAUAUUUUCUCAGACAAAGGCUGCUCUUUCUUUGUAGAGUGGGUCCCCAUAUCUGCAUUGGGUGACCCAUCCAUCACAACACUGGAUGGUGUAACCUAUGCUAUGAAUGGAUGGGGAGAGUACCACCUGAUGGAAAUACCCAGUGAAAAUUUUACACUGCAGGCUAGGACAGAGAGGACAGUAGAUAUCAAUGGGACACUCACCAAUGCAACUGUUUUCACUGGCUUUGCUGCUAAGGAAUCAAAUGAGACAACUGUUCAAAUUUUGCUUUCAACCUCCAAUAAAACGAUGGAACUGUCAGUCAAUGGCAUUGACAUCACUGCUGACUUCUACAGUAAUGAGGAUGAUCAUAUUGUCUCCACUACAUCUCUGCAAGUCACAAGAGAAAUUAAAAUGAACAGAACAGUAGCUGUUGUCACCUUUGUUUGUGGUGUAACAAUUCAAGUACAUGUAGCAGUGAGAAGCCUUACAAUUGUUACCGAAGUACCUAUAGAUCUACAGGGUGAAACAAAGGGUCUUCUGGGAAAUUUCAAUGGCAACAUGACAGAUGAAUUCAUCCUUCCAGAUGGGGUUGUUUUAUCAGCAAAUUUGACUGAGAGAGAAUUAUUCCAACAAUUUUCUCAAGCAUGGGUGGUCACGACAGCUACAAGUGUAUUUUCUUACAAGGAAGGGGAAAGCACCAGCAGUUACCAACAUCCAGAGUUCAUUCCCAUGUUCAGAGAUGAAGCAGACCCAGCUGAAGUUGAUAAAGCCAAGGAAAUUUGUGGGGACAAUGAUGCUUGUAUCUUUGAUUUCAUGGCCACUGGUGACGUGGCAUUUGCUGAAAGUACUAAAGAAUUCAGUGAAGAGAUGCAAGCUUUGCAUAAAAGCUUAGCAAACAACAUACCCACAUUGCAAGUCAGAAACAGCAGUUUAAGCAGUAGUGGUCGCUGGCUGGUUCAACAUGGAGUUCAGUCCACAAUACAACUUGUUGCUGAAGAUGGUGAUGGCGAUAACAUAACAUAUGAAAUUGUUGGCAAUGUGAGCGAUGUGAUAGUUGGCGAUGAUGGAGUGCUCACAUACAAACCAGAUUCUAAGAACCCCAUACUUCUUCAGGUCAGGGCCAAAGACUCAGCAGACGCAUACUCCCCUGUGGUUUUUAUACCUGUGACAGUGUGUCCAACAUGCAGUGGACAUGGCAUCUGUAAUGUGGAUAUCACAAGGGAGGAAGAGUUUUUUAAUGGCCGCUUCCAGAUAUUAACCUGUGAUUGUUUCCCUGCCUAUACAGGUGACGACUGUGAAUCAGAACUUGAUGCCUGUGCAAAUGAACCAUGUUCAAAAGGACAGGACUGCACUGACUUAACUGCAGCUGAACAAGGGAAUGAUACCAUUGGUUACACAUGUGGUGUUUGUCCAAUAGGAUUUAAGAAAUUAAAUGGCAGAUGUGUUGAUAUUGAUGAAUGCAGCAACAAGACCAUUUGUGAGCAAGUGUGUACCAAUACAGAGGGAUCUUUCCUUUGUAGUUGUCAAGCUGGUUACAGACAAGUUUUAGAAAAUGGAGGAAGCUGUUCAGAUAUCAAUGAAUGUGCUGAAAGAACAUCCAAAUGCCAACAGAAUUGCACCAACACCAAGGGCAGCUACUCUUGUUCCUGCCAGCCAGGUUAUACUUUGGAUACAAAUGGCUUCACAUGUACAAUGGACUCUAAAAACCAAGAGCUCUGCUAUCAAUGUCAACAAGUUUGUCAAGUCAACAAUGAACAAGUUACCUGCAGUUGUAGAUUGGGUUAUGAAGUGGAUCCAGAUGACAACUCAAGCUGCAUAGAUACAAAUGAGUGUUUAAGUGUAGCCCAACCAUGCAGCCAAAACUGUACAAAUCUUGAAGGCUCUUUCCAAUGUUCUUGCAAUGCUGGAUACAAGCUUGCAACUGAUGGGGUGACAUGCACAGCCUGCAAACAACCCUACUAUGGUGAGAACUGCUCAAGCAUCUGCCAGUGCAGUGGCCAUGGAAACUGUAGCUCAGUCACUGGCUGUGUCUGUGACAAAAACUGGACCGGCAAAAACUGUGAACUGGAUGUGGAUGAGUGCAAACAACCCAACGCCUGCCCUGAAGGGUUUGUCUGCAAAAACACAUUUGGCUCUUACAGUUGUGAUUGUCCUAGUGGAUUUGUUAAAGAAAAUGGUUCCUGUGUAGACUUUGAUGAGUGUAAAGACAUUUACACCAACACAAUUUGUGACAAAACUUUGGAAGUUUGUGUCAACACAGUAGGCAACUACAGCUGUUCAUGUAAGCCAGGAUAUGCCAGGAAUGCUCAGAAUGUCUGUGAAGACAUAGACGAGUGCAAGAAGAAAACAGAUAAGUGCCAACAUAUCUGUGAGAACAUACCUGGUUCAUACAACUGCAUGUGCUGGCAGGGUUACUAUCUCUCUGAGGACUGGACCACAUGUAUCAAAGUAAGAGAUCCAUGUCAAGGCAUGGCUAUAAACUGCAGCUAUGGGUGCAGUGUUAGUGCUAGUAAAGUAGCCACAUGCUUGUGUCCUAGAGGGUUUAUACUAAAGGAAGGUAACCUGUGUGAAGACAUCAAUGAAUGCCUGAAUGACACAGACAAUGAGUGCACACUGCAUUCAUCUUGUGUCAACACUGACGGCAGCUACACCUGUUCUUGUUCAGCUGGCACCAUGCUGGACAAUGAUGGACGCACCUGUAUUGCUUGCAGUGGGGGGACAUGGGGAUUUAACUGUAACCAAACAUGCAGCUGUAGUUCAGGGUCAGAUCACUGUGAUGCAGCUACUGGUUGUGUUUGCAAGUCUGGUUAUACAGGAGCGCUGUGUAAUGUUGACAUUAAUGAAUGUGUCACUGGGGAUUUGGUGUGUAAUUCAAGCACCGAAGUUUGUGUCAAUUUACCUGGAAAUGCUACCUGUGAGUGUCAAUCAGGCUAUUCAAGAACCGGAGACAUUUGUGCAGACAUAGAUGAAUGUCUGAGUCCUUCAACUAACAACUGCAGUCAACAAUGCAACAACACUGCUGGUGGAUUCAACUGCUCAUGUUUCCCUGGCUUCACUUACAACUCAAACAACAACACGUGCUCAGAUAUAGAUGAAUGCUUGACAGGAACAUCAAAAUGUGACCAGAACUGCACCAAUACUGAAGGGAGCUACACAUGUUCUUGUACACCUGGUUGGUCGCUAGACGCAAAUGGUCUCACAUGCAAAGAUGUUGAUGAGUGUGUCCUGUCUACAUCAAACUGUCAACAGAAAUGUACAAACAAUGUUGGCAGCUAUACAUGUUCCUGUUAUGAUGGCUAUGCUGUUAGCAGCCAGAAUGCUUCAGAAUGUCAAGAUGAAGAUGAAUGCCUGACAAAAACAUCAAAAUGUGACCAGAACUGUACCAACACUGAAGGGAGUUACACAUGUUCUUGUACAACUGGUUGGUCACUCGAUGUAGAUGGGCUCACAUGCAAAGACACAGACGAGUGUGCCUUGUCUACAUCAAACUGUCAACAGAAUUGCACAAACACUGUUGGCAGCUAUACAUGUUCAUGCAAUGAUGGCUAUGUGGUUAGCAGUCAAAACGCUUCCGAGUGUCAUGGAACUUCAACUCAUAAUGUUCAAAUCACAUUUCAAAUGGAUGUGUCUGAACUUGAACUAGAAGAUGUUAACAGCACAGACUACAAAACAUUAAAGCAAGAAGUGGAAUCACAUAUGUUCAAGAGACUUCAUGCAACUGGCUUGGCUAUACUUGAUGUUAAAGUAAAGAAAAUGAGUGGACUCAGGGACACUCUACUUAGCAAAGAAAUACUGUGCUGUACUGGCGCUCUACUGCUAGACCACGCCAUCCCACUUAGAAAAGAAAUACUAAAGGGAAGUCUCAUCACAGACCUCGCUGCAUUAAUUGACAAAGUCCUUGAAACCAACCCAGAAAAAGCACUGAAAAUUUCUCUACAGUUAGCUAUUGGUGAAGUCAGUAACUUGAACAAUAAGUCUUCUGUUAUCAUAGAUAUCACUGUGGAAUCUAAUCCAGUCUAUGCAUCCACUUGUGAACUACGAAAUCGAACAAAUCCAUGCAAGGGGAAUGAACGCUGCUCAAUUGAAAAUGGUUCCACUGUUUGCCGAGUUGAAGAAUCAAGUUACCUACAGACCCUUCUAGGACUUUCCAUUGGAUUACCAGCUGCAACGAUUAUCUUAAUUGUAUCAGGGCUGGUAAUUUACUAUUGCUGCAAAAAAAUGUCUAGAAAAAAUAAAAUAUUUAUUUAACUAUAUUAUUUUUAUUACAACUUUUCAGAAUAUACCAGUUGAU